UGCUGCAGGUCUACGGCAACAAGAAGUUACUGGGACAAUACAACAGCACAACAGAGAAAUGUACAGUCUACACACAAUGGAUGAAGAACUUCACUGAAACGGCCUGCAAAGGCCCUGCUUUUCUGGCCGCGAGGAGAGAAGAAAUGAAGAAAUACUGCAGCAGCAACGUUCCUGUGGUGUAUGGGUACUUACUAGAUAAGGCAGUUGAGCCCUACAUCAGGCUGAGGUCAGUAGAGCCGUUCAGUACCAGACACCUGGCCAUGCUCGUGUGCAGCGCCUACGACUUCUACCCCAAACCCAUCAGAGUGACGUGGCUGAGGGACGGACAGGAAGUGACCUCAAAUGUGACUUCCACAGAGGAGCUGGUCAAUGGGGAUUGGACCUACCAGAUCCACUCGCACCUGGAGUACACACACACUGGAGAGAGAAUCACCUGUAUGGUGGAGCACUUCAGCCUCACUGAGCCCAAACUGUAUGACUGGGACCCCUCCAUGCCUGGUCCUGAGAGGAAUAAGAUGGUGAUCGGGGCCUGUGGGCUGCUGCUGGGGGUGGUCUUUAUAGCAGCUGGACUGAUCUACUACAGGAAGAAAUCUACUGAAGGACGAGUGUUGGUGCCGACCAUGGCGCUGCUAGAAAGUUAUGGCACCAUCUAGUGGUUCACACCAGUCUGCCUUCUGAAGGUUGUGAUUGGUACCCAGACUAAUUAA